AUGUCCGCUCCACUCUCACCAUCAGACAAUGCAAACUCAACCGUCCACUCCGAACUCAAUGAUACAUCAGAUGCUGUCUCCAGCGCCCCGCCUGCAGCAGCCGCCCCAGAAGAGCCAUGGUCCGUCCGAUCAGCCCUCGCAAACCUCCCCACCGCACGACCCACCUCCCAAUCCACCUCACCCCUCCCCUUCCUCCACCUCCUCGAGCGCCUCAAAACCACCAAACGCGAAGGCUGGCGCCGCUUCGGCAUCACGUCCGGCGAAUCCAUCUCCGACCACAUGUACCGCAUGUCCAUCAUCACCAUGCUUGCCCCGCCGUCCCUCAGCUCCCGGCUAGACGUGCCCCACUGUACGAAGAUGGCUUUGGUGCACGACAUGGCGGAGUUGCUCGUCGGGGACAUCACGCCCAGGGAUCAGGUGCCGAAGGAGGAGAAGGCGAGGAGGGAGGCGGAGACGAUGGAGUACCUUUGCGGCGAGGAGGGGCUGUUGGGGCAGUGGGGGCGGGGGGAGCAAGGGAAGGGCAUACGGGCCAUCUUCGAAGAGUAUGAGGAGAGCAAGACGCUGGAGAGUCUGUUCGUGCACGACGUCGAUAAGGUGGAGUUGUUGCUGCAGAUGGUGGAGUACGAGCACCGAGGGGAGGGGGAACUGGAUCUGGGGGAGUUCUCGUGGGUCGCUCAGAAGGUGAAGUUGGACGGAAUGAAAGAAUGGUGCCGGGAGAUAUUGAGGGAGAGGGUCGAGUUUUGGAAGGGGUUGGGGAAGACGGCGUCGAUGCUGGACAUGACCACAAAGGAGGAUGCAUAG